UUAAAAGAAGAAAGAAAUCCAAAGUGAAAUUUGUGGGCAAGUAGGCAUAUGUGGGAAAAGGGGUUAAGCCCUACUCUUACAUUUGAAGUGGCUCAAGAGAAUAAAUGUGUUUAAUGAGACGACAAGUGCAGUCCAAAAGAUUGAAAAAGAAAAGAAAAUAAUUACAAUAAAGCAAAGAAAUAAUAUAGGCUCCCAUCCCAAAAAAACAUACCCCAUUUUUUACUAUAACUAGCCCUCUCUCUCUCUCCUCUCUCUCUCUCAUCUCUCUCAUCUCUCUACCGUUGAGGCAGAUGGGCUGUCCCUUUUGUCCCUUCUUCUUCUUACCCACAAAGCUACCAUUUUCUUGCACUCUAAAACUCACAUUCCCCACUCACUGCAUUUUUCUUCACUAAAACCCAUCUUCAUCUUCUUCUUCUUGAAUUGUUUAGUUAAUUGGAAUUUAUUUACAGUGAUGGGUUCGAGGAGUCGCCGGCAAUUACAGAGGUGGUGUCCUCAGCCGCUAACACCGCUAAUGGAAGGCCCUGAUUUUGGAAUGGAGGAUCACGAUUGCAAUAAGAAGGAAACUUCUUGGGAAGUCAUACGAGAAUGGUUCAAGAUACACAGAACCGUACCUGUAGAUAACAGCUUCUCUUCAUCAAUGCCGCCGUCGUUGUACGGCCCGAAUAGCAGCAGCCCUGCCAAAAUGCAAGACUUGAGGCUUCUUCUCGGAGUUUUGGGCUGCCCGCUCGGCCCUAUUCCGAUCUCCGACAAACCCAUCUCCCAUCUCCACAUCAAAGACAUACCACUCGAGACGUCUACAGCUUAUUAUAUAAUUCAGCAGUACUUGGCGGCGGCCGGAUGCUCAAAGCAGCAGAGCUUGGCGAAGAACAUGUACACAUCGGGGACGGUGAAAUUGGUGCGGUGCGAAACGGAGAUCUCGACGGGGAAAAGCGUGAGGACGAUGGGGUCGAGGAGCGCCGAGAACGGCUGCUUCGUUCUGUGGCGGAUGUCGCCUGGAAUGUGGUCUCUCGAGCUCUCCGUCGGCGGCCACAAGGUGGUCGCCGGCAGCGACGGCAAGAUCGUGUGGCGGCACACGCCGUGGCUGGGCACUCAUGCAGCCAAAGGCCCACAACGCCCUCUCCGCCGCAUCAUUCAGGGGCUGGAUCCGAAGAGCACGGCGAGCCUGUUCGCGAAAGCCCAGUGCCUGGGGGAGAAGCGGAUCGGAGAAGACGACUGCUUCGUCCUGAAAGUGGCGGCGGAUCGCGCGGCGGUGAUGGAGAGGAACGAAGGCCCCGCGGAGGUGAUCCGACACGUGCUAUACGGUUACUUCAGCCAGAAGAGCGGGCUCCUCAUCUACAUGGAGGACUCCCACCUCACCAGGGUUCACUCCGAGGAAAACGACACCGUUUACUGGGAGACCACGAUCGGAAGCAGCAUCGGAGAUUACAGGGACGUCGACGGGGUAAUGAUCGCCCACCAGGGGAGAACGGUGGCCACUGUCUUCCGAUUCGGCGAAACAUCAAUGCAGCAUACGAGGACCAAAAUGGAAGAAAUGUGGACGAUACACGACGUCGUUUUCAAUGUGCCGGGACUUUCGGGUGACUCGUUUAUCCCUCCUGCUGAUAUAUUAGAUACAGCUCAGGCGGUUUCCCCUUGAUUUAAUUUCUUGGUAAAUUUUCCUUUUUUUUUUCAAUGAGAUUCAUAUAAUUCCAGCUAAUGCGGACAAAACGUUGAUUAUUCCUGUAAUUUUAAAUGCCACGUGUAUAUUAUUAUCUCUAAUGGUUUAAUUAACUUGGUGUUUUCUUUC